AUGACGAAAAUUAACUGGAUAACGGUCGCAUGGAUAAUAUUAGGAGCUUACAUUUUUCGUUAUUAUUAUAAUUAUUUUACGCGUACAAAUCCUCUCCCUGGACCGAUCCCGUUUCCUAUUGUUGGAAACUUGUUACAACUCGGACUCGAUGCUUCCGAGGUGGCAAAAUAUUUAGAUUCAAAAUAUGGAAUCAUAUGUGAAGUGUACUUUGGAUCGCAACGAUCCAUUUUUGUAUCAGGAUUAGAACCUAUGGAAAAGAUUUAUUCCACUUCUACAUCCGUCAAGAAUAAUGGUUUCAUGUACAGGAUUCCACCAAAUGAAGGAUUUAGUGAGCUUGGAUUGGAUAGAAAUGGUGUUAUGUUCAACAGAAAUUUGAAAGAUUGGAAUAUAAAUCGACGAAUACUCAGUCAAACCUUGAUGUCUCCUAGAUUUUUAAAGGACAUCAUUAAAUUAAUUGAAAGGAAUUGUGAUGAGUUAUUCCAAUAUUGGGAUUUGUUUAGGGUCGCUGCACAUGAUAAUCGUACCGUGAUUGAAAUACCAAAGUGGUUGACCGUAUUUACUAAUGACAUGAUCAUCGAAACCACCAUGAGUAAAAAAAGUUAUGCAAAAGCAAGUUAUUUUAAUAGUGUGUCUGACAAAAAGCUUGACAUUCCUCAACAUCUUUUGAAGAAGUCAGGUGAUUUUCUUAAAAAUCAUCAAGAUUCCCUAAAGGGUGGCAUGUUUAUCAUGAACAUGCCAGGUUAUUUGAGACGCUCAAUUUUUAAGUAUUUUAACAAGCUUUGUGUUGAUUUAGUUUAUUGGGUUGAAAAUGAAAUUGAUAUAAGGGUGAAGGAACGUCGUCAAGAGAUUGAAGCGAUGCCCGUUGAAAAAGAAUUACCUUCGGAUCUUUUGACCUUAUUGAUCACGACGAAUACAUCACGCGAUCAAAAUAAGAUCAGAUUGGGUGAUAGUUACGAACCCUUAACCGACAUUUCAAUCCGUAAAAUUAUAUUGGAAUUGAUUUUUGGAGGAACCGACUCAUCCACGGCCUCGUUAUCAUUUAUUUUGAUUUAUCUUUGUAAACAUCCAAAGGUCAAAGAUCGAUUGAUCAAAGAAAUUGAGCAAGUUUAUGGCGUGACUUCAACGCCUACGAUUACGCUUGAAUCACUUGACAAACUUCGUUAUUGUGAAGCCGUAAUUCAAGAAACUGCUCGUAUUUGUCCGGCUGGUGAAAUAUUCUUUAGAACGUCAAGUGAUAAAGUUGACCUUUGUGGUUAUACUUUUGAACCCGAAACAAUAUUUUGGACAAAUUUCUAUAGCCUUCAUCAUAACGAAAAUUAUUGGGUGGAACCGGAAAUUUUUAAACCCGAAAGAUUCUUGGAUAAUGAAUCGAAAAGGCCAAAAGCUUUCUUUCAAUUUGGUGGAGGUGUUAGGCAUUGCCCUGGUAGAUUUCUUGUUAUGGCGCAACUUCGAACUUUUCUUGUGCGUUUCUUUUCAAGAUAUGAUAUCGAAUCAACCGUUCCAAAUCAACCUAUUAUAAAAUAUUUUGCGGCUGGUAUCACUUGUUGCAAGAAAUUUGAUGCUUAUAUUAGACCUAAAAAGAAUUGA